CGGGAGGAGCGGCGCCUUCCCGUCGUGCCCCGCGCGCGCCACACAAAGGGACGCGCAGGGAAAAUGGCGGCGGCGACCGCGGCGGCCUCGCAAAGCGCCCCCGGCAAAAUGGAGCCUCCGGCGGCCUCCGCGGCCGCGGCGGCGCCUCCACCCGCGCCCAACGGGGCGGGCGGCGCGGGGGGGCCGCCCCCCAAGAGUGAAGGGGAGAGACCAGCCCAGAACGAGAAGAGGAAGGAGAAGGGGGUGAAGAGGGGGGGGAACCGCUUCGAGCCCUACGCCAACCCCUCCCGGAGGUACCGCGCCUUCAUCACCAACAUCCCCUUCGACGUCAAGUGGCAGUCCCUGAAGGACCUGGUCAAAGAGAAAGUUGGUGAGGUAACAUACGUGGAGCUCUUAAUGGACGCUGAAGGAAAGUCAAGGGUAAGUGUUCUGAGAGAAUUUACUUCUGUGGAUUUUCUACCUGCCCAAAAAAAUUGAAAACAAAGAUAAAAAAAAUAA